CGGGAGAACCACCAACGAAGAAGUCAGGAAGUCAGCAGCAGCCUUCUUAUUAUUCAUCCAUGUCAGCAGCUCAGCAGCAGUAGUAACUCGCACAUCAUGGAGUAUUAAAGAAGUAAUAAACAUGGAUAAAAAGAAGAAACCCUUCAACGUGACGGCUUCAUCUCUGGUGGACCUUAAAGCUGAACUGUACAGGAAGCAGGAACAAUUCAAACAGGACAAACUUGGGCAUGAAAACACUGGAGCUGGGUUCACAUCAAGAGCCAAAGUCAAGAAACCUAAUGUCUGGAUCAAACAAAACACUGGAGUCUCAGCAAGAGCUGAGAAAGACGCGGAGCAGCUGUCUGAGGAGCAGAGCAGUCUGGACACCUCAAAACGCAAGCUAGAGGAGAAGGCCAAACUCUACGAGCAAAUGACAAAAGGAGACUUUCCAGAUGAAGAGACAGAAGGACUGUUCCUGGUGGAUUUCACCCAGAAAAUUAUUGACAAAAAGAGAGAAACACUUGCACAGAAAAGCGAAAGAGAGGAUGAGGAAAGAGGAAAUAGGUCUCCUGUCCCUCCUCCUGAAAACCCAAAUGAGGAGUGGGUGGAUUAUGAGGAUGCUUUGGGCCGAUCUCGGAGAUGCAUGAAGAAAGACCUGCCUGGGUUUGAGAAAUUGGACCAAAACCUUUACGGAAAAGCAAAAGCCUCUGCUGAGAAGACCUUACUCUCGGAGGACAUGCGCCGAGAGCUGCAGAGGCAGGAGUGGGAGAUGGAGGAAGAGGAGGCCAUGAAGAAGCCUGUCGGACCCAUCCACUACGAGGAUAUCAGGGGACAAGAGGCUCGGGAUCUCGGUGUGGGUUACUUUGCGUUCGCUCAUGAUGCCGAGCAGCGCAGGAAGCAGAGAGAAACUCUGGACAUGCUCAGAGACCAGACAACCGAGCAGCGCACUAAGAGGGAACAGCUGAAGGACAAGAGGCAGGCCAUCCUGAAGGCUCGAUUGGCUAAAGUGAGGACUAGGAAGACGAAGAAGGCCAAGCUGGAUGGCACGGAGGACGAGGACAUUGAAGGAGGGGACGACGAAGGGGACUUGAUAGGACCCCCGGCUCCACCAGAGGAGGUACCAGAGGUCAGCAGAGCGAGGAAGGUGGAAGUUGAGAUCCAGGAAAGGAAGGACUCCAAACCAGGAGUUCCUCAUGUCAGGGAAUGGGACAGAGGCAAAGAGUCCAUGUUUAACGAGUGGACAUCUCGGCGUCGCGAUGAGCGAGAGUCUGAAUUCGCCCCUCCCACUGCGUACUUUUCUGAGUGGAAGAGAGAGCGAUCGGUGAAGGUUAAAACUCAGGAGAGUAAAUCCAAGAUGUCCUUCAAGUGGAGCAAAGGCCCAGAAGAGGUCUCUGAGAGCAGAGAGAAGCCACUUUCUCCGCCAAAAACUGCCCCCUCACCUCCUGCCCCUCAACCACCUCCUCCAACUCCUCCACCUCCUCCACAGCCACAGACUCCAUCACAGGCUUCACCUUCAGGUCCUCCAGCAGAGCCCACUCUGGUGUCUGCUCCUCCCUUUAAUCCCCAGUUUCCCCCCCAUUAUCCUCAGUUUCCUCGUCCACCUCCUCCUCAGUUUGCUGGACCGCCUCACAUGUAUCCCCCCCAGUACCCAAACCAGUAUUACAACCAAUAUCCGCCCCAAUAUCCUCCACAAUAUCCGCCCCAAUAUCCGCCCCAAUAUCCAACACUGUAUGCUCCCCAAUAUGCUCCUCAGUUUCCUUCCCAGGUUCCUCCUCAGUUUCCUUCACAGGUUCCUCCUCAGUUUCCUUCACAGGUUCCUCCUCAGCAGCAAAGCCAGUCUCAGCCUGAGCAGCCUGAACAGAGUAUGGAUGAAAUGCUGUCCUUCUACAGGAGCAUUACCUGAUAUCUAAAUGAUUCUACUUGCUGUGUAGUUUGUAUUUAGAGUGUAAAUACUGUUGUCUAAUUUUUUUUAGUGACAUUUUAGAAACAACAAACACAUUGCCUCAGAUCUUUGCAGUUUCAGCAUGUAAUAAACACAAGGAAUACUG